GCCUCCCGCCGGUACUGCAACGGCGAAGGCAGAGGAGGAUUCCUCCCAAAACAGGAAUUAUUGGGGAAAUCCGAACCACCGGUUUCGUUUCUUUCUGGCAGCAGAGCCUGGAGGGUCGGAAAUGAAAGCGAAAGGCGGAGGAGCCCCGCCAAAGUCAGCCAUGGAAGGGAAGGAGGAGGAAGGAGGGGAAGAAGGGGCGACGCGGGCCUGCAAAAACUGCGGCCGGGCGGUGUCGGCCCCCAACCUGGCCCUGCACGAGGCCCACUGCCUGCGCUUCCUGUCCGUCUGCCCCGAGUGCGAGGAGACGGUGGCCCUGAGAGACAUGGAGGGCCACUUGGCCGCGGCCCACAGCCAGGUCCGAUGCCCUCUCUGCCAUCAGGCCAUGCAGCAGUUCCGGAUGGAGCACCAUCAGGCGGAGCAGUGCAUGGAGCGCCCGUCCACCUGCGCUUUCUGCAACCUGGGGCUGCCCUUCCGCCGGCUGGAGGCGCACCAGGAGGCCUGUGGCAGCCGCACCGAGCGCUGCUGGGACUGCGGGCAAUACGUUCUGCUGCGGGCCCUGGACGGUCACGGCUGGGAAUGCCCUGGCAGCGGUGGACAGAGAGCAGGUGAGAGGAGCAUGGCCGGUCACUCCGGACAAUGACCCUUCCUUGUGUCCCUUAUGCCAACGCCACUCUUUCUCCUUUCCACAGAAGCCAAGACGGUCCUCUGCCCGCAGUGCCAUCACCGGAUCCCCAAGGAAGAACACCUCCAACACCUGGACCAAUGCUGCCCCCUCCCUCGGCUCCUGGGGGGCCUCAGCACCGAGGAGGCCGUUGUCCGCCCCAAAAAGAAGGAGAAGGAACCCCCCUCGCGGCUGGGAAGGCCCUCCUUCAAGCCCCCCAAGAGCAGAAGGGCCCACGGAUCACUGACCUUCACCCCGACAGUGCAAUCCCCCCUCGAAGCGGAGGAUGUUGAGGACGCCUACAACCACUUGGCCAGCUGCUCCCGCUGCAACAUCCUUCUCCCCGGCCCCACUUUGAGGAAGCAUCAGAGGAAGUGCCAGGGGCAGGCGCUGCGGAGAAGUCCCCGCUUCUUGGGCAAAGAAGAAGUGCCGAGCCCCUCAGAAGAGAAGAGCUUGCAGUGAAACACACACACACACCCCGUCCCCUGCAAAGAAUGACUUUUCCAAUACCCAUUCAGACUAACCCUUGGUGCCUUGUGUCCACCGUUAUCUGCCCGAUGGAGAAUAAAAGGAGUACCAUUUGCACCCAA